UCGGGGCCCGGCCGGGGGCUGGUUCCACGGACGUUCACACCCGCCCCCCACACCACCCGGGUGGACUGAUCGGGGCGAGCCGCCUUCUCUCUGCGAGCAGCAUCCCAGUGUUUGGCGACGUGCGGACCUUCCUAGUUGGCGGGUUUCCUGGGGAGAACCUUCCUCGCGUUCAUUGUGGCGAUGAGGCGGCAUCCUCCCCGCGGGAUGCUGGGCUCGCUGGGAUUAUGGACACGCGGUGACCUGUCACUUCUUUCAUCCUGGGCUGAGAUUUUGCAUUAGUAAUUGCGGGCGGAAAGAGGAAGAAAAGGUUCCUCUUGGGUGCAGGGAGCAUGCAGGGGUGCGGGGCCGUGUGCGCCCUUUCCUAAGUGCACAGUUUGGUGGGUGAGCUGAAAGGGGAGGUUGCAAAUGCAGUCUCCCUCCAGCCAGGCCCCAGAGUGCGCUCAGCUCCGCUUUUGACAACCCAGAGGCCUGUCAGAAGUUGAGGUUGAGGCAUGAAUUCUGCACUUGUGGCUGGGAAGAUGAACCGGGCCUUCCAAAGCUGUCGUUUUUGUUUCCAAGGCUGACGGGGCCCACCGUGAAUAGAAAACAGCGCGGCCAGGUUCUGGGUAGCUAAGCGGGAGCGCUGUCAUAAAGGAGUUUUUGUCUGAAAAAUCCAAAGUCUGGGGCUUUGAGCCACGGAGGGUUGGGUACUGGUCAGUUUUAACCGCCAGGGUGAGAAAUGUCUCAGACAUUUUUCAAAUUAGGCAGCUGAGUCUAGCUCCGGCUUGCUGGUCUCCAGCAUUUACCCUUUCCAGUGAGUGGCUGGGUGAAAGGAAAGACACACAGAGAGAAGUGGCCCUCUCCCUUUUCCCCUUAAAAUGAGGACAUAGUCCAUCUUGGGUUAAGAUGAAAAGAAAAAUCGUUCCAUCUUUGCUCUUGACCCUGAAGAAAAGAAUCUCAAAGAAAUACCGGACAGAAAAAUUCUUUCCUUACCUGGAGUGCUUACAGAACUGAACAAAGAAAGGAAAGAAUUAGUGCAUAUCGUAGGCCAUCUGCAUUUACAGGCAGGUCAUUUUUCAGAUGCUUGAUGUUAUACAAUAAGAAGGUGGGAGGGAGCCAGACCUGGAAAGGAGGGAGAGAGGUGAAUGCAGGGCCUUAGAGAUUGCAGCAGCCAAGAGAGUCUGUUUUCUCCCAAUACCGGUCUGGAAGAAUCUGGAUUGACAGGAGGAAGCAAGAACCCCGGGCAAAGUAAAUACUGCUGGGAAAUGUGGACCCCAGGCCUCAGAAGCCUCCCAGCUCAGGGAAGAAGAGAGUAGACCAGAUCCUGCCCCUGCCCCAGGCCUGGGUGGAAGAAGCAAGGUGCUCCUGACUUUAAAUGAAAACCCAAGACUUGGGAAGGCAGGCAUGGCUUCAGGAUCAUGCAUGUCUCACGUCACAACUUGCCAGAUGGAAAAUGCUACCCCUAAGCCACUGGGCUUCCUGGAGAGCAGAUGUGUUCUUCAUUUUCAUGAUCUCCCUGCUUUGAUUUAGAGCAGAGUGGGACUUGUGUGACCUGCAUCCCUCCUGGGCAACGAAAGCAUGAGAAACACCCACCCCGCAGUUUCUGCACUGGCCCUUGCAGGCAAAAUCACUGAAUGGCUGAUGUUUGACAACAUGCACCACCAGUGGCUUCUGUUGGCUGCAUGCUUUUGGGUGAUUUUCAUGUUCAUGGUGGCCAGCAAAUUCAUCACCUUGACCUUUAAAGACCCGGAUGCCUACAGCGCCAAACAGGAGUUCCUGUUCCUGACAGCCGUGCCGGAUUCCGGGAAGUUACAGGGAGAGCAGCAGUUUCCUGAGGAACUGAAGCCAACUGGGAAGAUGCUCGCAGAUGGCCAGCUUGCUCAGCCCUUGGUCUAUAUGGAGCGCCUGGAGCUCAUCCGAAACGUCUGCAGGGACGCGGCCCUGCAGAACCUCUCACACACGGCCGUGUCCAAGUUUGUCCUGGACCGAAUAUUUGUCUGUGACAAGCACAAGAUCCUCUUCUGCCAGACUCCCAAAGUGGGCAACACGCAGUGGAAGAAAGUGCUGAUCGUGUUAAACGGUGCCUUUCCUUCCAUCGAAGACAUCCCCGAGAACGUGGUUCAUGACCAUGAAAAGAACGGCCUCCCUCGCCUCUCUGCCUUCAGCGAUGCAGAAAUUCAGAAGCGCUUGAAAACCUACUUCAAGUUUUUUAUUGUAAGAGAUCCCUUUGAAAGACUGAUAUCUGCUUUUAAGGACAAGUUCGUCCACAAUCCCCGCUUUGAACCCUGGUACAGGCACGAGAUUGCCCCCGGCAUCAUCAGGAAGUACAGGCGGAACCGGACGGAGACCCGGGGCAUCCAGUUUGAGGAUUUUGUGCGCUACCUGGGCGACCCAAACCACAGAUGGCUGGACCUCCAGUUUGGGGACCACAUCAUUCACUGGGUGACGUACGUCGAGCUGUGCGCGCCCUGUGAGAUAUCGUACAGUGUGAUUGGUCACCACGAGACCCUGGAGGACGACGCCCCAUACAUCUUAAAAGAGGCGGGCAUAGACCACCUGGUGUCAUACCCCACCAUCCCUCCGGGCAUCACCGUGUACAACAGAACCAAGGUGGAGCACUACUUCCUGGGCGUCAGCAAGCGGGACAUCCGGCGCCUGUAUGCCCGUUUUGAAGGGGACUUUAAGCUCUUUGGGUAUCAGAAGCCAGAUUUUUUGCUAAACUAACGCGUAGAUCUGUGAACUCAGAUACCUCUGUUAGACCAGAGGCUAAGCAAGUGGAGAUCUGAGCACAGAACGGACACUUCCUCCAUCCCACCCCUCAAGACUCCUGCGGGCACCCACGGGCCAUGUGCACCUCGGCCGGUGAAGCUGCACCCAACGGUUCUGGCUUAGUGUGGACAUCAGGUGCAUUGAGGGCCUUCGCCCCCACGCCUACCAAUGCCAUGAGGCCUUUGGUCCCCAGGAGGGUAAAAAGACUAAACAUUUGCAGUCUGACAGACCAGGAGGAGCAGUUACACGGCAUGGGCGUCAUUUCCCUCGGCUGUCAAGGAGGGGAAGGGCCUGCCUGUCACCGGGGGGCGGCAGGAAGGGCACCUCGCGCUUUCAGGAGACCUGAGGAGCUGAUGGUGUGCAGAACUGGCAGGAGCUAAUGCAAGACCAAGUCUGCAUAAUAAAAUGACAGCGCUGGCUCUCAACUUGGCACUGCUGUAAUCACAGAGGUAAACCAUUCUUUCCAUGACUGUCUCCUUCCUGUGGGAUUCGGGGUGACCCUAGGACACUUUUUGGCAGUCCGUCCUUUCAGAAUACAUGCCUGAGCACCCCUAGUCCAUAUUUCCGAUCCUCUGUCUGCCAGGUGGUUUUCUCAUUGAGCCCAAGAGCUACGUAUUCAGAAAAAGGGGAGUGGAGUGUUCUUCCCACCUGAGAAGCGAACGUCUUUGGGAAAAGGAAGAGCUGGUGGGUUCUGGAGCUCAGGCUGCUGUGGAUGUGGGCGUGCCCAUCCUGCUGGUUGUCCCUCUCUUGUCUUUGUUCCACCUGGAUGGGCAGCGGGGCUUCCCUUUCCAUCUCCCCAGGCCCUCCCUGGGGCUGAAGGCCAGCAGGGCAGCGUGGCAGUCCGUGCAGUUUACAUGGUCCAGUUUCAUCUCAGCCAAUUGCUCCCCUGGACCUGUUUUGUUAGUGCCGUCAUCCCGGGCUGUAAGUUGGACAAUGAGGUUCACCAGCAAUAAAAUCCUGGGCUGAGGCAGCCUCCAGGAAUGCAUCUCCCAGGCACCGAGGAGCGAGCUGUGGCCACCAUGCCAGGUGCCUGCUGACACCGAGGACUGUUUCCCUGUGAGAAGUCCCACGUGCCAUGAGCCCAGCUUUUCUCCAGGCAGCUUCCCCCUUCCCUUUCUCAAAGGGGUCGCCUGAGUCUGUGAAUGUGAAAGUAAUAAAUAAAAACUGUCCAAACGCGA